AUGAUUUCUCUCUCCCCUAGGGAAGUGGCGCUUAUUGUGCUUUUCCAGCUCCCCUGGCUCCUCUCAGAUUUUUUCCACCACAGAAAGUGCUGCUGUGACUGUUUUGGCCAACAUGGGACUUCUUCUACCUCCUUGAAAUAUAGAAGUAGAAUUUCUCCUGGAUCGAAAGGGAAGUUCACUGUUUUGGGACCACAACAGCCAAUCACAGCCUUGGUGGGUGGAGAGGCUACAUUCUACUGCCGCCUCUGUCCCCAGAAGGAUGCUGGGGAUAUGGAGGUGAUGUGGUUCCGUGAGAAGCAUUCAGGUCUAGUUCAUCACUCUAAAGAUGAGCAGGAUCAAAUGGAACAGCAACUUCCAGAAUAUAAAGAGAGGACAGAAUUCCUUCGAGAGAAUAUUUCCAGUGGGAAUGUGGCCCUGAGGUUGAGCAACGUCCAUCCAUCUGAUGAGGGGAAGUACUUCUGCCAAUUUAGAAGCUCUAUCUAUUCUAAUGAAGCUGAAUUCCAAGUACUUGUGGCAGGAACAGGCUCAGCCCCUCACAUACGCACCAACUUUGAGGGAACCGACAGACUUCGGCUGACGUGCACAUCUAUCAACUGGUAUCCAAAGCCUCAGGCGCAGUGGAGGAACACUCAUGGGAUCCUCUUGUUACCAGUCUCAAUGAUCAUUAAGCAGCAGGACAAUGGGCUGUUCUCUGUAGAAAUGUCAAUCGUGUUGAAGGCCAGUUUAAAAGAAAGCAUCUCUUGUUUCAUUUGGAACCCCCUCCUUAAGCAAGGGAAGGAAACAAAGGUUUUUUGGGCAGAUACCUUGUUUCCAGAGGCCUCUUCUGAGAUAAUCCCACUGUUUAUCUGUGUAUUUGUUGUGGGAAUCUUCCUAUUCUUCGCCAAUUAUGAUGACAUUCUAAGAAAAGUCAGAGGCACUCUUAAAGAUGAGCUUGGCUGUCCAGGCCAGGCCAGAAGACAACUGGAGGGAGCAGAAUGGAAUGGUGCUUCUCUCCUUCCGUGCACACCGGAGCAGGACAGUCCAGCAGAUAUCCAGAAGGAGCAAGGAGGAAUGGCAUCUGACUCUCUUCUCGGCCAUCGUGAAGAGGCCCCACAAGGAGAACAAAAAGAAGUGGAAAUGAAUCUCUCUCCCUCCCCUGACAUCUUGAAGAGGCCAGAUUUACAAACUGCCCGGAAACACAGAGUGGAUGUCACGUUGGAUGCAGACACAGCUCAUCCUUACCUCCUUCCUCGAAAGGAUGGCAAAAGUGUCUUUUCCUGUUCUCAGAAGUUAAAGAAGCCCAAGUGUGCUAAGCGCUUUGAAACCCUGGUCUGUGUACUGGCCAAGGAGAGAUUCACUUCAGGGCAAUUUUACUGGGAGGUGCAGGUGGAAAAUAAGAUGAAGUGGACUCUGGGACUCUGCAAGGACUCAGUCUGCAGAAAAGGGGGCAACCAGGUCACACCAGAAGCUGGGUUCUGGACUAUCUCUCUGAAGAAAGGGAAUGAGUACUGGGCCCUCUCUAGCCCUCAGACCCAUCUCCAGUUGGUAGUGCCUCCCAAGAUUGUGGGGAUUUUCCUGGACUAUGAAGCUGGAUGCAUCGCCUUCUACAAUGUGACUGAUGGUACCCACAUCUACACCUUCCAGGACACCUUUAAUGAGGCCCUAAGGCCGUGCAUCUGCCCUGGUCCCCUCUCUAUAUGGGAAAACAUCGUCCCUAUCACCAUUCCGUCCCGAAGGCAGGAGAUUCUCAAGACUUCCAAACUUCCUAAAGCCACAUGACAACCUGGAAUUGUUUUGAGUAAGCAGAUAUGGGUUCUUGAGGAGAAUCCAUAUUAUCCACAACCCUCAGUACAGAUGUACUUGCCUUUCAUCUCUAUUGGGGGAUAUCAGAUAUUUAGGAAUGUCCCUUCAGCACAUGUUGAAGAUUCCCCCACAUGUCCUCCUCCAUUCCCAUAUACAUCUUCUUGCUCCAUUUGA